ACAUCUCUCCUCUCCUUGAGUUCUGUUCCGACACGAGCCUGAACCCAGCUUUACCAAAUACUUCAUCAGAAGCUUCACAAGAGGCGUCGUACCCCAGUGACGUCAGGCGGGUUGCUUCAGAGAUCCAUGCAGCUUGCCAGGAAGUCGGCUUUUUUUACCUUACGGGCCAUGGCGUGUCCCAGCAGCUGGUGGACGAUGCCCGGGAAGUGGGGAGAGAGUUCUUUGCACUUGCUGAUGAGGCUAAGAACGAGAUUGCCCUCUCAAAGUCUCCGAUCUUCAGGGGAUACCAAAGGCUCGGAGAGAACAUCACUCAGGGCCGGCGCGACAUGCAUGAAGCCAUUGAUUUGUACAGGGAGCAUCCAGCUAAUCAUCCUCUCGUGCUUUCCGGGAAGCCACUUCAUGGUCCCAACCCAUGGCCCAGUCAACCGGAACAUUUCAGACCGGUUAUUGAGGAAUAUGUGACAAAAAUGAAGGCUCUGGGUCGCACAGUGCUACGGGGCAUGGCCAUGGGGCUGCACCUCCCACUCGACACAUUUGAGCACGGCAGGGCUGAUGACCCCUUCUGGGUCAUCCGAGUCAUCGGAUACCCUCCCCUUGCUGUCCACGACACAGAAUCGCUCAGCUGUGGCGAGCACACGGAUUACGGCCUUCUUACGUUUGUGAAUCAGGACCCUGGCAUCACAGCCUUACAGGUGAAGAAUAAGGCAGGCGAAUGGGUGGACGCUCCUCCAGUUCCAGGAAGCUUCGUGGUCAACAUUGGUGACAUGCUCAAGCUGUGGACGAAUGGGCUUUACCAGCCAACUCCCCAUCGGGUUGUCAACAGGAGCCGCACAUUUCGAGUCUCGGUGCCAUUCUUCUACGAACCGAAUUUUGAUGCUAGAGUGGAGCCACUAGAUGAUCUGGUAAAGGCUAUGGGACCAUCAGCCCUGGAGCCAGUGGUUUAUGGAGAUCACCUGUGCAAGAAGGUGUUCAGUAACUUCGGAUAG